AUGGCCGAGAACCUGGCCCAGUCAAACAACAAUCCCAAUGAGGACUUCAACGAGGCCUAUAACAAGUGGAGUGAGGGUGGGUGGGGCAUGAUUGUCACAGGAAAUGUGCAAGUCGAUAUUGAUCACCUCGGACAACACUUGGACCCUGCCUUCCAGGGUGAAAACGCGGUCUCAGACGACAAACAUCUUGAGUCGUGGAAGAAAUAUGCCGCAGCCAGUCAGAAGCACGGUUCUCCCACCAUUGUUCAAAUUUCUCACCCUGGAAAACAAUCCAUGCGUGGCGCGGGGCGCAGAGGUCUUUUUGCUUCUACGAUGGCACCAAGCGCGAUUCCGUUGACACUUGGUACUAGCUUCUUGGAUUCUGUCGUUACUUCUCUUGCAUUCCCAAAGCCCCGAGAAAUGACACUGAAGGAUAUCGAUAGAGUUAUUCGUCUAUUUGUGGAUACAACCCGUAUGGUGGCGGACAGUGGGUUUUCCGGAAUUGAGCUACAUGCAGCUCAUGGUUAUCUCCUAGAUCAAUUUCUGAACGCCAAGUCUAAUCUUCGCACCGAUGACUACGGAGGCUCUCCAGAGAGACGAGCAAAGCUUCUUUUGGAUAUCCUGAAAGGAUGCCGAGAAGUUGUUCCAGACAACUUUUGUAUCGGUGUGAAACUAAACUCGGCUGACCACGGAGCCACAAACAUUGAAGAUACAAUGUCUCAGAUAGGUCUGCUUGUCACAGCAGGCAUUGACUUCCUCGAAGUCAGUGGUGGCACUUAUGAGAACCCACGAAUGGUCGAGGGCGAUAAUCCACAAACAGUCCAGAAGAGUGCACGAACCGCAGCUCGCGAGGCCUUCUUCCUUGAGUUUGCCAAAGAGACUCGCAAGCGGUAUCCAAAUCUCGUCCUGAUGUUGACCGGUGGCUUCCGUAGUCGCUCUGGUGCAGAAGCAGCGAUUAAAGAGAACGCCUGUGAUAUAGUCGGUAUGGCGCGUCCAGCGGCCAUCUAUCCCAACUUCCCAAAAAUGCUCUUAGAUCAAAGCAUAUCAGACGAAGAUGCGCAGAUCACGCUGAGCCGGGUCCAACCUGGCUUCCUUCCCAGGCUGCUUCGCAGUCAAGUUCUAGGUGCAGGUGCUGAAACUGGCUUUUAUGCGAACCAGAUUCACAGGUUGGCAAAGGGAAAGCCGACAUUCGCCCCUACCUCUGCAUAG